AUGGCUACCCCCAGUGUCCUUACCUUUGAUGCUGAGGGUCGUGCUGUUGACUUUGAGGUCUGGGUCGAUGACCUCCAGAUCUUCCUACAAUGCGAUAGGGCAGACGGCCUCUCCCUGUUUGAUCUCACCUCUGGUGCCUCUCCUGCCCCGCCUGCUACUACUGACGGCACUGUUCGCUCACAGUGGGCCACACGCGAUGCUGCUGCCCGUCUUGCUGUGCGUCGCCACUUACCGGCCGCUGAGCGCGCGCACUUUAGUCAGUACAAUAGUGCUAAGACCCCGUACGACGCUGUAGUUGCACGCUACUCUUCCCCUGCCACUGCUGCUCUUAGCCGCCUCAUACAGCCGUACCUGUUCCAUGACCUUGCUGCCUUUCCCACAGUCGCUGACCUCAUUACGCACCUUCGCACUAGUGACACUCGCUACCGCGCUGCGCUUCCUCCUGAGUUCUGUGCCAAGAACCCUCCCCCCAUGUACAUCACCCUCUACUACAUAGUCACCCCACUCCCUGACUCCCUUCGCUUAGUCAGGGACCACUUCCUCUCAGUUUGCCCCACCACACUCACCGUUGACCUCCUCGAGGAGCGCCUCCUGGCAGCAGAGAAGAGCAUAGUUGCUGUAGGAGCCUCUCGUGGUGACCCUCGUACCCACGUCUUUGAGGGGUGUUCCCCCUCCCCCCUCUUGCCCUCUGUUGCUUCUGCUGCUGCGGCCGACCUCGUUGGCUUCGAGUCGGUCGGCGCUGCGUCUGCCCCUAGCGAGAGACGCCGCACCGGCAAGGGCAAGGGGGGCAGGGGCGCUGGAGGGGCUAGCGGGGGCGGUGGAGGUGGUGGUGGAGGCAGUGGAGGGGGUGGGGGUGGUGGUGGGAGUGGUAGCCGGGGGGGAGGUGUCGGUGGCAGCAGUGGAGGCGGAGGAGGCGGCGGCGGUGGCGGUGGGAGCGGAGGCGGCGGAGGUGGCGGAGGCGGCGGCGGCGGCGGCGGUGGAGCUGGUUGCAGCUCUGCACAGAGGAGUGGCUCCGGUGGUGGUCUGCGCCAGCUGCAGCAACGCACUCACCCGGGCAUUGAGGCUGCUGCUUUAGGUACUAUUGAGGCUGCUGCUCUAGGUGCUAGUGCGUCUGCUGCCCCAGGUGCUGGUGAGUCUGCUCUCUCAAGUACCACGUCAGCUCAGGCCUUACACACCUUCACCCUUGACUCGGGUGCUUCCCGCUCCUUCUUUCGAGACCACACCACUCUUACGCCACUUAGUCGGCCGGUUGCGGUCUCCCUAGCGGACCCCUCUGGGGGUCCUGUCCUGGCUCGCUUCUCCACUUUCUUACCGUGUCCGGAAACCCCCUCUGGCACCCUAUCAGGUCUCUACCUCCCCUCGUUCUCUAUGAACUUGGUGAGUGGUGCUCACCUACAGGAUGGGGGGUUUGACCAGUUCACUCCUGCGAAUCAGCGGACUCUCCUUUGGCACCACCGCCUUGAUCACCCCUCCCUGCCUCGCCUCCGAGGCAUGGCCUCCCGAGUUCUUGUCUCUGGUCUCCCCCGGUCCCUCCCUCCCCUCCCUCCGGGGCCUGCACGUACCUGCGUUCCCUGCGUCGAGGGGCGGCAGCGCGCCGCCCCUCACUCAUCCGAGUUUCCUCCGACAGAAGCUCCCCUGCAGACUCUUCACAUGGACGUGUGGGGACCCGCCCGCGUCCGUGGCCAGGGUCACGAGCGUUACUUCCUGUUGGUGGUUGACGACUACUCGCGUUACACCACGGUGUUCCCCUUGCGCAGCAAGGGCGACGUCACUGAGCGCCGCAUUGGCAUGGUCAUGGACGUCGCUCGUACGUCCAUGAUCCAUGCGGCUGCUCCCCAUUUUCUGUGGCCGUUUGCGGUUCAGUACGCAGCGCAUCAGCUCAACCUUCAGCCCCGGGUCUCCUUGCUAGAGACCUCCCCCACCUUGCGGUGGACGGGGAAGGUUGGCGAUGCGUCUGCGUUUCGGGUCUGGGGAUCUCGGGCGUUUGUCCGUGACUUGUCUGCGGACAAGCUGUCCCCCCGUGCUGUUCCCUGCGUCUUCCUUGGCUUCCCCCCUGACGCGCCUGGUUGGCAGUUUUACCACCCCACCUCGCGCGGUGUUCUGUCCUCCCAGGACGUCACCUUUGACGAGUCGGUGCCUUACUACCGUGUGUCCCAGGUAGACGCAGUCGAGCUUGUCGAGGUAGCUGUUGACUCUGGUGCUGCUAGGGGUGCUGAGCCUGCGGGUGCCGGGUCUGGGGGUGCUGAGCCUGGGGAUGCGGAGCCUGGGGGUGCUGAGUCUAGGGGUGCUGAGCCUGGGGGUGCUGAGUCCGGGGGUGCGGGAGCUACUCUCUCCGCAGGAGCUGCGCGAGUGGUUUUGCCUAGCGCUGGAGCCGUGCUACUGGAGCUGGAGGUACUACUGUUGCUGCUGGUCAUGAAGGUGCUCGUACUGGUGGUACUGAAGCUGCUGGGACUGAGGGUGCUGCUGGGGCAGCUAGAGUUGGUCCUGCUGGAGGUACUGCUGGAGCUGCUGGCGGUACAGGAGCUGACGGUCUUGCUGGAGCUGGAGCUACUAGGGGUGUUGGCGCUGGAGGUGCUGCUGGCGCUGGUGCUUCUUAGGGUUCUGGAGUUGGCGCUGUUGGGGCUGGAGGUGCCGCUGGUGCUGCCGCUGGGUUUACUGGUGCUGUCCCUGCAGUUACAGCCUGCCUCCCCCCUUUCUGCUCCUUCUCCCUACACUGGUCCUACUGGAGGUCUUGCUGAGCGUCGUGAGCCUGCGUCUCGUCUUGCGUCGCCUGUUCGUGCUGCUCGCACUAGUAGUCGUGCUCCGCAUCCGCGUCCUCCUGCGGUCCCGGGCACACACCAGAUGGCACUGCGUCCUUCCACUGCUCCUCUGCGUGUUCCGUUGCCGUCUCCUCGAGAGUCCUCUCUUCUUGUUCUUGCUGACCCGGAGUCUGACUCUCUUCGUGCUGCCAGUCCUACUGUCACGCGUCUCCUGGCUACAGUUGUCACUGACCCUUCCUUUGAGUCCACUGCUGCGUCUGCCUUAGUUGCUGAGCUUGUCGGCUUUGCUGCUCGCUGUCGUCUAGACUACGCCACUAGUCUCGUUGCUGAGUCUGAGUCUGUCUUUCCUCUGUCCGUCAGGGGUGCGUGUGCUCUUAGCACGGACGUCCUUGAGGACAGGCAUGAGGAGUUCCAGUGUUUUGCUGCUGCUUUGCCUCAUCUCGUGUCCACGCUGAUUGCCCCUGAGGGAGACCCGGAUGCACCAGACAUCCCGACUCCUCGAUCGUACGCUGAGGCGAUCGAGGGUCCCUACUCCUCAAAGUGGCAGUCAGCCAUGGAUGCAGAGAUGGCUUCCUGGAAGUCCACAGGCACCUACGUCGACGAGGUUCCCCCACCUGGGGCGAACAUCGUCAGUGGCAUGUGGAUUUUCAGGGUGAUGCAGCCGUCGGGUUCUCCGCCUGUCUUCAAGGCGCGUUACGUGGCUCGAGGCUUCAGUCAGCGGCAGGGAGUUGGCUACUUUCAGACCUUCUCUCCCACCACAAAGAUGACCACUCUUCGGGUGCUGCUGCACAUAGCCGCUCAGCGCGACUACGAGCUUCACUCUCUUGAAUUCAGCACACCUUUCCUGCAGGGCAGCCUGCACGAGGAGAUCUGGCUGCGCUGCCCACCUGGCUUCACUAGGUUGUUUCCCCGUGGUACCCAGUGGAGCCUCCAACGGCCAGUCUACGGUCUCCGCCAGGCGCCCCGUGAGUGGCACAACCCACUGAGGACUACACUUGCGGCUCUUGGGUUUGCUCCUUCUACAACCGAACCGUCGCUGUUUCUGCGCACCGACAACUCCUUGCCGCCGUUCUACAUCCUCAUGUACGUCGACGACCUGGUCUUUGCCACUACUGACACUGCUGGACUCGCCGACUUGAAGUCCGAGCUGCAAAAGAGACACACGUGCACAGACCUGGAGCACAUGGCUGCAGCGAAGAGGGUGUUGCGCUACUUGUGCAGUACGUCGGGCAUGGGGCUAAUGCUUGGAGGGCGGAGUCCAGUGGUCCUCACUGGGCACGUGGACGCUUCUUGGGAUGACGACCAGGCUACGUUGCGGUCGUUACAGGGUUACACCUUCAGCCUUGGCUCUGGCUCAGUUUCGUGGCGGUCUACCCGCUCGUCUUCUGUUCUCGGCUCCAGCUGUGAGGCUGAGAUCUACGCGGGGGCCAUGGCUGCACGGGAGCUACGCUGGCUCACCUACCUGCUGACUGACCUAGGAGAGCCGCCUCGUUCUCCUCCAUUUCUGUACGUAGACAACAAGGCCAUGAUGGCCUUGUGUCGGGAGCACAGACUGGAGCACAGAACGAAGCACAUUGCUCUUCGCUACUUCCUUGCUCGUGAGCUGCAGCAGCGUGGUCAGCUGCGCCUUGCUUACGUGGCCUCUGAGGCCAACACUGCUGAUAUCUUUACCAAGGCACUUCCGCCUUGUGAUCAUCAGCGCUUCAGUACGAUGCUAGGUCUUGUGCCUACUUGGCCUCACUUGCUCACUUCUUGA